GAUUUGAAAGCUAAAGGAAAUCUCAGGAAUCAAGCUCAGCUCCCGUAACUUACAGAAAAGGAAACAAUAAAAGGAGGGGGGAGGGAGGCGUCCGCGCGAACCCGCCCCUGGGAGCGGCGGUCGCCCCUGCGCCGGCUCCCGGCGGCCUCCGCCGUGGGUUCUCCGGGUGAUGCAAACUCUCACUUCCCGCAUCCGCUCCCCACAGAGGCCCCGGAGCCGGCAGGAACCGGCGGCGCCACCGGGCCGCGCGCCAUGGGCAACAUCCAGAAGAAGCUGACCGGCAAAGGCGAGGGCGGCAGGCGGCCGGAGCGAGGCGCGCCGCGGCGGGCGCGGGCGCCAGGGGCCCGCACGGACAGGCGGGGCCGGGCGCGGGCCUCGGCGGCGGCGGGCAGUACCCUCGGACACCAGGGCUGCGGAGGCGGCGCCGGGGACCCCGCUGCCGCCUGCGCGCCGACCGAGCCCGGCGCCCUGCCGCUGGGCCCCGCCGGCCUGAAGAGCCGGGGCAACGAGCUCUUCAAAACCGGGCAGUUCUCGGAGGCGGCCCUCAAAUACUCGGCGGCGAUCACACAGCUGGAGCCUGCAGGAAGUGGAUGUACAGAUGAUCUGAGUAUCUUAUAUUCAAAUAGAGCAGCAUGUUACCUAAAAGAAGGAAACUGCAGUGGAUGCAUUCAAGAUUGUAACAGGGCUCCGGAACUUCAUCCAUUCUCAAUCAAACCUCUUCUUCGACGAGCAAUGGCCUCUGAAACUUUAGAGCAGUAUCAGAAAGCUUAUGUGGAUUAUAAAACAGUGUUGCAAAUAGACUGUGGAAUCCAGCUAGCAAAUGACAGUAUUAACAGGAUUUCAAGAAUUUUAAUGGAUCUGGAUGGACCAAGCUGGAGGGAGAAGCUGUUGCCCAUUCCUGCUGUGCCCUCUUCUGUGCAGCUGCGGGCUUGGCAGCCUACAGCAGAGACACCCCCAGACCAAGUGGGAGAUGCCUGCAGCCACCACCAAGAAGGCACCACAGAUGAAAAAAUGUUUAAAAUUCUUAAAGAAGAAGGAAAUCAAUGUGUAAAGGAUAAACACUAUAAAGAUGCCCUCAGUAAAUACAGUGAAUGCUUAAACAUUAACAACAAGCAAUGUGCCAUUUACACAAACAGAGCUCUCUGUUACUUGAAACUGUGCCAGUUUGAAGAGGCAAAGCAGGACUGUGAUCAGGCACUGCAGACAGAUUACAGGAAUGUGAAAGCUUGCUAUAGACGAGCUCUUGCUCAUAAAGGAUUCAAGAACUACCAGAAAAGUUUAAGCGAUCUCCAUAAAGUUCUUCUACUAGACUCAAGUAUUGUUGAGGCAAAGAUGGAACUGGAAGAAGUAACCAGAUUCCUUAACAUUAAGGAUAAUACAGCAUCACUCAAUAAAGACAAGGAGAGAAGGAAAAUCGAGAUUCAAGAGGUAAGUGCAGGCCAUGAAGAGGAGCCCUCAAGGACCUCAGAGGAGGUCGCCACAGCCAGCCUUGCUCCUGAAGAGGGAGACCCAAGCGAUGCACCACGGGAACACUAUGAAAAGCUACUGAUCACUAAGCCUAACAAUGCCUAUGAAUUUGGUCAGGUUAUAAAUGCUGUCAGUACUAGGAAAGAUAAAGAAGCCUGCGCACACCUUUUAGCCAUCACGGAACCAAAAGAUUUGCCAGUGUUGUUGAGUAACAAACUUGAAGGCGAUAUAUUCCUCCUCCUCAUUCAGUGUCUGAAAAACAAUCUUAUCGAUAAAGAUCCCUCAUUGGUGUAUCAGCAUCUUUUCUAUCUGAGCAAAGCAGAAAGGUUUAAGAUGAUGUUGACACUAAUUAGAAAGAGCCAAAAGGAACAAAUUGAACAGCUCUUUGAUGACCUCUUAGACACACCAAAUGAGCAUUUUACUUUACAAGAUGUACAGUUGCUAAAGUUGCAAUAUGAGCUUUAAAACAAGAUUAUUGUUAGAUUUCUUCCAUGCUUCUAUGUGCUCCAGUAAUGCUAAUGAGACGGGUAUUAUAAUAGAGUUGCAUGGAUAACCUGGCUUAGAAAAUAUCCUUUGGACUAUAAAAUAUUUUACUUAUUUUUAUACAUAGAACAUGUAUAUUCUACAAUCCACUUUUUUAUUAGUUAUAAAUAUUUUCUUAUGUACCAGAGCUAACAUCUUUAUAUUUAAUAAUUAUAUUUACAACUGUUAAAAUACAUUUUAAUUUAUAUUCUGCAUUUUCUUUUAGUAACAUUAGAAAUUUUAGCUAAAUUAC